GCCUUUUGAGAAUGAUUAAGAAACACACUUUUGAGGUUUGUCAGAAGCACACAAUCGUCGUCGUUCCAAAAACCUCCCGACAAAUCUUCGUUCGCUGCUAACUCAUGGCUACCAUACCAGUAAACCCGAAACCAUUCUUGAACAACUUGACCGGGAAGACGGUUAUCGUUAAGCUUAAAUGGGGAAUGGAAUACAAAGGUUUUCUCGCUUCUGUUGACUCCUACAUGAACUUGCAGCUGGGAAACACCGAGGAAUACAUCGAUGGGCAAUUGACAGGAAACCUUGGAGAGAUCUUGAUCAGAUGCAACAACGUCUUGUAUGUCCGAGGCGUGCCAGAAGAUGAAGAACUUGAAGAUGCUGAUCAAGACUAACCUGUGCUGAUGUCGCAAAAUUCUCAAGUUUGUGUUUUACCUUGAAAGUAACAAGCCAUUUAGUUUUAUGUAAUACUAAACGAAUCUUGCCGGUAUUUUGGUCAUUGUGAUGGAAAGCAUGUCCUUUUUAACCAUCUUCAGUUUACCACCCGUCAUAAGCCGUGAUAUGUCAUGUGAUCCUCCAGAUAUGUAGUACUUAUAGGUUCUAAAAUCGAAUAUAUGAUUCUUCAUUGAUCA